GGCGGGGCGCGGGCCGGGGCGCGGCGCAUGCGCGGCGCGGGGCGCGCGGGGACAAUGGCGGCGGCGGCGCUGGCGGCGGGCGGAGGCCCCGGGAGCGGCCCCGCGGCGGCUCCGGCGGGCGGGCCCGGCCCCGCGCUGGCCGCGGCGCGCCGCAAGGACGGCGGCCCCGCCGGCAAGUUCUGGGAGAGCCCCGACACCGUGUCCCAGCUCGACUCGGUCCGCGUGUGGCUGGGGAAGCACUACAAGAAGUACGUUCAGGCAGAUGCUCCUACCAAUAAAACCUUGGCUGGGCUGGUGGUGCAGCUGCUGCAAUUCCAGGAAGAUGCCUUUGGAAAACAUGUCACCAAUCCUGCCUUCACAAAGCUUCCUGCAAAGUGCUUCAUGGAUUUCAAAGCUGGAGGUACAUUAUGUCACAUUCUUGGUGCUGCUUACAAAUAUAAGAAUGAACAGGGCUGGAGGAGGUUUGACCUGCAGAAUCCCUCGCGGAUGGACCGGAACGUGGAGAUGUUCAUGACCAUUGAGAAAACACUGGUGCAGAACAACUGUCUGAGCAGACCAACCAUCUACCUCAUUCCCGACAUGGAGCUGAAGCUGGCCAACAAGCUGAAGGACAUUGUCAAGCGUCACCAGGGAACAGUCACUGAAGAGAAAUCCAAGGCCACCCACCACGUGUAUCCAAGUCCUACCUCAGUGGAUGAUGAUGAGUGGUUGAGACCUGUGAUGAAAAAGGACAAGCAGGUGCUGGUACAUUGGGGCUUUUUUCCAGACAGCUACGACACCUGGGUCCAUGCCAGCGAGAUCGAGGCGGAAAUCGAGGAUGCUCCCAUCCCUGAGAAACCCUGGAAGGUCCAUGCCAAGUGGAUUCUGGACACGGAUGUGUUCAAUGAGUGGAUGAAUGAGGAGGAUUAUGAGGUGGAUGAGAACAGGAAAUCCGUCAGCUUCCGCCAGAGGAUCUCCAUGAAGAACGAGGAGCCCGUGAGGAGCCCCGAGAGGAGGGACAGGAAAGCAGCAGCCAGCACAAGGAAGAGGAAACACUCCCCUUCUCCACCCCCCACUCCUGUGGAGUCCAGGAAAAAGACAGGGAAGAAAGGGCAAGCAGCUCUCUAUGGCAAGAGGAGGGGGCAGAAGGAGGAGGAUGAGCAGGAGGAUCUCACCAAGGACAUGGAGGAUCCCACCCCAGUGCCCAACAUAGAGGAAGUGGUACUUCCCAAAAAUGUGAACCCAAAGAAGGACAGCGAGAACACGCCCGUCAAAGGCGGAACCGUGGCAGACCUGGAUGAGCAGGAUGAGGAGACAGUGGCGACUGGAGGAAAGGAGGACGAGGACCCCAACAAGGGUGACCAGAGCCGCUCCCUGGACACAGGAGAGGACAAUGUCACCGAGCAGACCAACCACAUCAUCAUCCCCAGCUACGCCUCCUGGUUCGACUACAACUGCAUCCACGUCAUUGAGCGUCGAGCGCUUCCAGAAUUCUUCAAUGGGAAAAACAAGUCCAAGACUCCAGAAAUAUACCUGGCCUACAGGAACUUCAUGAUCGACACGUACCGGCUGAACCCGCAGGAGUACCUGACCAGCACUGCCUGCAGGAGGAACCUCACCGGGGACGUCUGUGCUGUCAUGAGGGUCCACGCCUUCCUGGAGCAGUGGGGGCUCAUCAACUACCAGGUGGACCCCGAGAGCCGCCCCAUGGCCAUGGGCCCCCCCCCGACCCCCCACUUCAACGUGCUGGCCGACACCCCCUCGGGGCUGAUGCCGCUGCACAUCCGCACCCCGCAGGUUCCAGCUGCCCAGCAGAUGCUGAGCUUCCCUGAGAAAAACAAGGAGAAGCCAACUGACCUGCAGAACUUUGGCCUUCGCACUGACAUCUACUCCAAAAAGACUCUGGCCAAGAGUAAAGGUGCAAGUGCUGGCAGAGAAUGGACAGAGCAGGAGACACUGCUUCUGUUGGAGGCCCUGGAGAUGUACAAGGACGACUGGAACAAGGUGUCGGAGCACGUGGGCAGCCGCACGCAGGACGAGUGCAUCCUGCACUUCCUGCGCCUGCCCAUCGAGGAUCCCUACCUGGAGAACUCGGACGCCUCCCUGGGGCCCCUGGCCUACCAGCCCGUGCCCUUCAGCCAGUCUGGGAACCCCGUCAUGAGCACCGUGGCCUUCCUGGCCUCCGUGGUGGAUCCGCGCGUGGCCUCGGCCGCUGCUAAGGCUGCCCUCGAGGAGUUCUCCCGGGUCAGAGAGGAGGUGCCCCUGGAGCUGGUGGAGGCCCACGUGAAGAAGGUGCAGGAAGCAGCUCGAGCCUCUGGGAAGGUGGAUCCCACCUAUGGGCUGGAGAGCAGCUGCAUUGCAGGCACGGGCCCUGAGGAGCCUGAGAAGAUGGAUGGAGCUGAGGAGGAGAAGAUGGAAACGGAGGCAGAGGGGCAGCCAGCAGAGAAGGUGGAGAGCAAAGCCGAGAGCGAGCCUGAGGAAGGGGAGAAGGUUCCGGAAGGGGAGAGCGAGCGCAGCGUGGACAAGGAGCCCGAGAGCGAGGGGGCUGCAGAGCCCAAGACAGAGGAAAAGGAGGCAGAGGAGAACAAGGAGAACGUUGAUGGCAGCAAGGACAAAGAGGCUGAGGCUGGCAAGAAGAAAGUGGAGCACGAGAUCUCGGAAGGAAACGUGGCCACAGCUGCAGCUGCUGCCCUGGCCUCUGCUGCCACCAAGGCCAAGCACCUGGCAGCUGUGGAGGAGAGGAAGAUCAAGUCCCUGGUGGCCCUGCUGGUGGAGACUCAGAUGAAGAAGCUGGAGAUAAAGCUUCGCCACUUUGAGGAGCUGGAAACCAUCAUGGACCGCGAGAAGGAGGCACUGGAGCAGCAGAGGCAGCAGCUGCUCACUGAGAGGCAGAACUUCCACAUGGAGCAGCUCAAGUACGCCGAGCUGAGGGCUCGCCAGCAAAUGGAGCAGCAGCACAGCCAGAACCCCCAGCAGCCCCACCAGCAGCACCCCAGCGGGCCUGGCAUCACCCCCCUGGGGGCACCAGCACACCCGGGGCUGCUGCCCCACCAGCAGCCCCCACCCUACCCCAUGAUGCACCACCAGAUGCCACCUCCUCACCCACCUCAGCCAGGCCAGCUGCCCGGCUCCCUGCUGCCGGGCCAGCCCCUGCCGGGCCGCAUGAUCCCUGCCAGCAUCCACGGCGGCGCCGGGGCCGCCCCGCCCGGCAUGGCCCCGAUGGCCGGCAACCUGCUGGGGCCCAGAGUGCCGCUGGCCGCCCCCAACGGAAUGUACCCCGGCCCGGCGCCGCCGCCCCCCGCCGAAGGAGUGACGCCGCCCCCGGCCGGGGCCCCGCCGGCCUCAGCCGCCCCCUAAGGCGGCCCCGAGGAGGAGAAGGAGCUUCCCGAGCAGCGGAGUGGUGACCAAAAGAGAAUUCCUCAGUUCCCUGCUGUCCCCGGGGCGGGGUCCCCUCCCCUCCCGGCCGUGGGCACGGCUGGCACGGUUGGUGGCACGGUUGGUGGCACGGUUGGUGU